GUGACAAGCUUUUCAAUCCAUCAGGGACUGCUUCGCAAUCAAAGAACAAUCUAAUGUUUAACGAUAUCUACAUCCUUCAUUUCAUUGAGCAUUCAUCACCUCAACUCUUUUAUCGUCCCUCAGCAACUCGCUGUGAGGUUGCUACUAUACAUACUUUUUGACCCCCUUUGUGUCGAUAAUAAUCUCAGAACACGAUGCGUAUUUCACAUUUCCUUUUGCCGAUUUGUUUGACUGGAUUUGCCCUGGGAGCCAAUCCCUCGGAUUUGAAGAUGAAUGACCGAUUUACCAUCUCACCAACCUGCAACGGCCGCGAUCUGGAUGGCUUAUUGGCAGAGUCAGUUGUUAUGAUCAAGAAUGCUAUCACGGCUCUUACGGCAUUACUGGGCAAUAUAAGGGCCCCAAACGAUGAACUACAAGGCUGGAUACGGGCAGCACAGGCCUGCUGGGCGAUUCCUAAGCCAGAAUGGUACCAGCAGGAAUUAGCGCCUGUGGAUAAGAAUAGAUUGAGAAUGGUACGAAGUACGAAAUGAUCCGAGACUGUUUAAAGGAAAGAUCAAUACUAAUAGUAAGAACAGGAAAUUUCGAAAUGCUUCUAGACGUACUGGACGACUUGGAUUACACGACACCUUCGGACAACUUUAUGUAUUGCCAUUCCACGGAUUUGCGGCUCACAAAUGUAUCUGGAAAAGUGUUCUUAGAUAUUUACAAUAGUGAACGUCAUAGCUGACGUGGAUACAGAUGGCUGAUGAGGUUUUCGACGACGCCCCGAAAGGGCAGUCAAUCAAGGACUAUAGUAUGUAGUACAGAUAAAGCAUACCAACCUCCAACUGACCACUCUUAGUUGGCCCUCGAUUACCUGACGGGGCAAGUAAGGAAUGGGUCUGGGUCGAUCCAAACAACCACCAUCAUAGAAUAUUGGAAGGUGACGGGCCUUCCAAGCUUUUCUUCCCCGAUGGAUACGCCGGGGGACAAUUAUGUGGAAGUCCCUCCUCAAUGGACGCUUUGACCUAUUACAAAAUCCCGAAAAAGAUUUUCCUCUGUCCAAAUGCAUGGGCUAAAUUCAGGCCCAGCAAUAGUCAGAAUAGACAAGAUAAAGGUCGCAAACUCUAUUAUGAAUGGCAAAAUAUGCCAGGACUUUUGAUUCACGAGCUCCUGCACUGGUUAGCUCUGAUGCCCUCAGAAUUUCAUAGUAUGUACUUCUAUGUCCUGAAAUCCCAAAUUGUUUAAGGCUGCUUUGGUUACUAAAUUUUCAAAUACAGUUGGGGAUAGGAAUGUCUGGCAUCCAAAGGAAGACCGGUUGGUUGCAGCUUACGGUUACGUGGGUGCGUUUCUACUUUCGGGACAUAGAGCACGGACCGAUCCUCGAAACAAUUGGCCUCCCGACUUUACUUUGACGAACGCCGAUUCAUACAAUGUUUUUGCAACGAUGGCUUACAGUCCCCUUGCCCUCUUUGCACCUGACGAUACAGCUUCGGGGUUGGAAUUUGGUUUCUAAUCUGUUUCUCAAAACAUGCUUUCUUUCUGCACCUCCUAACAACGUAACUUAAAAAUACUUGGGUGUAG